CGAGUGCGCUUCUGCUGCAUGUGGCGCUUGGCUGAGCAAACAACUCACUGUCUACGCGAAAGGCGGAGGAGGAGCUGGCGUCAGUGGCUCAAGAAGAAACUUCCCUGUCAGUUGUGAGUGUGAUAACAAUGUGAGGAGCAGCUCGUGGUCUGUGCGCAUCAUUUGCAAAUCCAAACCUUCCGAGUAAAGAUCUCCCGUGGAUUCCUCUUGUUUUCAUUAACUUGGCAAUAUGUGGAAUUUUGUUUCUGUGCCAAGAAGAGACGUUUGGAUAGAAUGGAUUUGUUUAUUAUCGGAGAACUUGGGGUCCGCGCAUUAAUGGAAAGUGUCACUACUUAGGAAGUGAGAGGAGAAUCAUCUCGUAGUGUGAACCAGUGAAAGACGUCCCUGCAGGCAUGAACACCACCGCAGAAACGAGAUUUCAACCCCCCACCAUCCCAGCCAUAAUGUUCAUUUUCGGGGUGGUGGGAAAUGUCAUCGCCAUCGUGGUCCUGCGAAUAUCACGAAAGGAACAAAAGGAGACGACUUUUUACACGCUUGUGUGUGGCCUGGCUGUGACGGACCUCCUGGGCACCCUGCUGGCCAGCCCCGUCACCAUCGCCACCUACAUGAAGGGCUCCUGGCCGGGAGGUGAGCCACUGUGCCAGUACUCCGGCUUCAUCCUGCUCUUCUUCUUCUUGGUCCAGCUCAGCAUUGUGUUUGCAAUGUCCGUGGAGAGAUACUUGGCAAUAAACCAUGCAUAUUUCUACAACGAGUACGUCAACCAAAAACUCGCUGCGCUGGCUCUUGUGGCCAUUUACAUCCUCAGCACUGUGUUUUGCGCGCUGCCCAGCCUGGGGCUCGGCCAGGUGAAGCGCCAGAAACCCGGGACAUGGUGCUUCAUCGACUGGAAGAACAACAACACGACAGUCGCGACUUUUAAUUUGAUGUACGCUGGCGUGAAUUCGGCUCUCGUACUGGCCACUGUCAUAUGCAACGUGAUGGUGUGCGGGGCACUGAUCCUGAUGCAUAAGAGGUUCAUCCGCCGCACGUCUCUGGGCACAGACCAGCGGCGCCUCGCGGAGCUCCGGCGGAGACGGAGUUUCGGACGAUUAGCUGGAGCAGAGAUCCAGAUGGUGAUCCUGCUCAUAGCUACCUCCGCUGUGGUUCUCAUCUGCUCCAUCCCUUUAGUGUUGAGGAUCUUCGUGAACCAGCUGUACAGAAACCAGACAGAGGAGCCUUUAGGACUGAAUAAAGACCUGCUGGCCAUCCGCAUGGCCUCAGUCAACCCCAUCCUAGACCCUUGGAUCUACAUCCUGCUCAGAAAGACAGUGGUCCUCAAGCUAAUGGAGAAAAUCAAGUGUCUGUUCUGCAAAAUGGGCGGGAGGGGACGGAGGGACGGCGGGCAGUUCCGCUGUGCCGAAGGCCGGCUCUCCUCCUCCAUAGUCUCCCGGGAUUCGCCGUCACUGGUGUCGCGUGAGCUGCGGGAAAUGGUGAGCACCUCGCAGACCUUUCUAUACCCGUCUGAGGGAAACACCAGGAGGUCUGGGUCAUUUCAAGCAGGGACACAGGUCGGCUCCAGUCCACCUGCUGUACAAACAUUACAGGGCCACCAGGAGGUUGAGGGGCCUCAGAGGGGGAUUUCGCAGAGUGAUUUAGAGGACACAGCGCCAGGCAGGCCACGGAAAGAACUUUCAAUGGACCUCAAGGACCCUGCUUUACAUGUGACCUUCACAGACGAGACUGCAAACAUUCAGGAGAAAUGCAUAUAAUGGUCAGCAUGAGCUCAGCAAGCAUUCAUCACUGUAAUGGGACUGUCUCGGGACAGAAGAUAGGAACUAAUGAGAGCACUGCAAAGACAUGAUAAACUUGGAAAAGCUUCUGAAGACUGAAUAAUCAUCCAUCAAUCUGUAGAUAUCUAGUGGACUGCUAAUGACAUUUGACAAAUUUAUUACUGAACUAAACACCUAUUAUUAUUAUGUAUUACUCCUCAGUCAUAGCUUACCACUGACACCAUAUCACUAAAUACACUUCAACACCGUCACAAUAGCUAUAUCAACAAAACCACAGAGAACAACACAGCGUUGUAGAGGAGCUCUUUUGUUGCACUUUUUGAAUUCUAAAACCACUGCUAGGCUGUUAGUAAUGUUUGUUUUGUAGCAUUUCGACAACCUGCACAAUGACUGUAAAGAAUUAAUGUUAAAAUGUGAACAGUGUUCCAUGUUGUUAAUUUAUUCUAAGUAUGAAAUUAUACGUUAUUGUCUUCUCUGUGAGAAGGUCCAGAUAGUUUGUAGUCGUUGGUACAAGAAGAAUAUGCUCAUAGUUGUUUUUUGUUUGUUUUUUUGGUAUAUAGGAGCAUUUGUAAACAAUUUGGUCAGACUUGGUUGUACCAUCCCCUGUAUUUUGUAACAAAAGGCAGCUAUACUGUGGCUUUUUCACAGCUCAGAUACUGGAGGAUGUUACGAGGCCUCCUUAAGUAAUGUGUUUAAGUAAUUGUUAAUUUACUUUGUUCAGCCCAUUUACUUUAUGAGGAUUAAUCCAACUUCAUUAUAGUUUUAUCUUAAUGUAAUGUGCAAAGCCUCUCAUUUAAUCAGCCUUUACUGGGGAGUUAACAAGGGGAAUAGAAACUGAAGACAUUGAGCUUCUUUUUGGGUUUUGCCUUUUCUUACAACAGAGUUCCUGGUUUAACACGACACUCAUGCUACUGCUGCUAUAAAGAUGGAUAUGAAUAGUAAAAACAUGUCUAUAUUUCAGUUUUUCUGUUUUUUUUUUUUUUUUUGUAGAAACAUCAAAUUUACCAAAAAAUGUUGACUCUGUUGUGAACAAACUAAUGUACCAAACUCAUAAAUAAACUGAAAAUAAAAGUU